AUGUAGAGAAUUCAUAAUUUCUUUAGAUUCUCAAAGAAAAUUCGACUUUAUGUUCAAAGUGAAAUAAAUCCACAGAUCAAACUUACCAUAGAUGCUACAGAAGGUGAGGUUUUGGCUAAGGAAUUAAAAAGACACAAAGUGCCAUUACCAUUUGAGUGUGGAUUCUCAUGUUCAUGUUCUACUUGUUCAGUGUUAAUAGCUAAUUCGAAUGAUUUUAGCAACAUUUAGAUUGCAUAACCUCAAAGUUAAGAGGAGAUCAAUGUGUUGACAACAGAAGGAAAGGGUGGAAGGUAUUUAUUGUUAGAGAUAAUUUAAGAGUGCGUCUGUCAUGUUAAAUCAAUGUAUGCAAAGAAUUGGAUGGUGUUACAUUGUUAAUUUGA